ACCAGAGUAAAGCACUACAUACGUACCUGGAGAGGACAACGAAAGGAUAUUGCAAUCAAAUUCAAAACUAAAUAAUUAGAAAAAUGAAUCCCAGCAAUCAACCCCACGGUGCCUGGAACUCAUCGGAGAAAUCAGGAAUGCUUCAGCCUACACCACCACCACCAGCAUACGCAUACCAGGACAUUCCUGCUGGAUACCCUCAAUCCUUUCCUAGCCAGCCAGUGCCCCAGGGCCCCUUUGCCCAAGGGCCAUAUCCAGGCCAAUCCGUGGUCACCGUUCAGCCUACAGUUUUCGUGACCGCCGCUCCACUAGCCAAUCCACUGCCAGAUUACCUGUGUUAUUCCAUCUUUACCAUGCUGUGCUGCUGCUUUCCUCUGGGCAUCGCUGCACUGGUUUUCUCCUGCUCCACUCGAAAUGCCAACUCCUUGGGACAGCAAGCAUUAGCAGAGAAGAACUCCAAAACGGCACGCACCCUGAAUCAUGUUGCCCUUGCUGUUGGUCUUGUUGUCACUGUAUUGGUGAUUGUCUUGGAGGUUGUUGUUAUAGGCUAUAUGCACGCAUAAGUUCCGCAUUUGACGUAAGGAUGCUCGUCCAUUUCCGGUUGUGUAGAUUAAA